UCUGCCAGCUGGGCGGAUCCAAUAUUUUUAAUUUUUGUACCUAAAAGAAGUGAAAAGUAGUGUUUUUGAUACCUCAAAAUUUCGUGCACAAGCAACGGGAUUUAAUGUUCGAGUCGGUGCCGACCGUGACGUUUACACCGACUUUUACUCUAAUUAAAGCAGAGAGACUUGAUCGCGGGCGGGCACAUGGCCGAUAUUCACCACUUAAUGGCCGCGGGUUCAACAUGAAGGUGGACGUGGAAGCCGGGGAAGCCGCUGCUGCCAGCCGUUCUCCUGCUGGUAGCACUGACUCGCCUGUCGGAUUUCCUGACGGCUGCUCCACACCCGUGUCUGGGGUGGUUGUCUCUCCCGAGCUGACGCUGCUAGCCAAACUGGAGGAAGAGAACAGAAGGAUCGAGGCGGACGUCAAGUCCCCCUCAUUGAUAAAAGGGCACAGUCGCAAGAGCUCGAACACGUCACAAGUGUCACUCAGCUCAGCCACAAGUCACAGCCCCGAAGAAGCUAGAUUGGGGAGCAAUGGUGAGGAGGACUUGUGGACUCAAUGGGGAAGACUCGUCAGCAACUGGGAGUCGGAGUGGCGACGCCGCAACCAGUUCGUCCGCGAUAUGGUGCGGCAAGGAGUACCCCAUCACUUCAGGGGUAUAGUUUGGCAACUUUUGGCUGGGGUUGAUUCAUCGCCGGACAAGAAGCUUUAUGCCACUUACAUUAAGGCGAAAUCAGCCUGUGAAAAAGUGAUUCGUCGUGACAUUGCGCGUACAUACCCGGAGCAUGAUUUCUUCAAAGAGAAGGACGGCCUGGGCCAGGAAUCGCUGUUUAAUGUGAUGAAGGCCUAUUCGCUCCACGACAGAGAAGUUGGGUAUUGCCAGGGAUCAGGGUUCAUUGUUGGAUUGUUGCUCAUGCAGAUGCCCGAGGAGGAAGCUUUUGCAGUGUUGCUGAAGAUCAUGCAGCAUCACCGUAUGCGAGAUAUGUUCAAGCCUAGCAUGGCUGAGCUGGGCCUUUGCAUGUUCCAGCUGGAAAACCUCGUUCAAGAGCUGAUCCCUGAUUUACACGUGCAUUUCCAGUCGCAGAACUUCAGUACAUCAUUGUACGCCAGUAGCUGGUUCCUGACGCUGUUCACGACAACCCUAUCGCUUCCUCUUGCGUGCCGCAUUAUGGACGUCUUCCUGUCGGAGGGCAUAGAAAUUGUGUUCAAAGUUGCCCUCGCGCUGCUCACUCUGGGCAAGGAAGACCUUUUGUCCCUCGAUAUGGAAAAUAUCCUGAAAUGCAUACAGAAGGAGUUACCAUUGAAAGCUGAAGCGGAUCAAGACGCUUUUAUGAAUCUAGCCUACUCUAUCAAAGUUAACCCUAAGAAAAUGAAGAAGUUAGAAAAGGAAUACACGGUUAUUAAGACUAAGGAGCAGGGAGAUAUCGCUGUACUCAGAUGUCUUCGUCAAGAGAACCGUUUGCUCAAGCAGAGAGUAGAAUUGUUGGAAAAGGAGAGUUCUGCCCUAGCGGAGAGGCUGGUGAAGGGUCAAGUGGAUAGAGCAGAGGGAGAAGAGGAGACGUUCGCUUUGGCCCGCGAGGUGCAAGCUUUGCGACGGGCAAACAUGGACGCGCAGCAGAGACUGGCGGUCGCACAAGAUGAGAUUCGCAGCUUGGAGAUGACAAUUGCUGAGAAUAAUUCGAGGCAAUCGUCUCUCGAGGGGACAGAAGGCAACAACGUGAAAGGCGAAGAGCUUGCGCGUUGCCUCCAACGCGAACUCGUGCGUGCCAGACUCGAUGCUGCGGAGCGGCAAGCUACAGAAAGAGAGCUCAAUGCUAGAAUAGCUGAACUUGAAAACGAAAACAAGAUUCUGAGAAAACAGCGGGUUGAUAACAACGUCGCCCACUUGCAGGACGAAUUGAUUGCCGUUAAACUGCGCGAAGCCGAAGCGAAUCUUUCCCUCAAAGAUUUGCGACAACGCGUCACAGAACUGUCCGAGACUUGGCAAAAGCAUUUACAGGAGCACAGGCAGGAGGUACCGCCGCCGCCCGCCCAGUCUAACGUGGUCUCCGAUAUAAUGGCAACUCCAAAGAAACUUUUAAGGGCAUGGGAGGGCAGGUCCCAGGACAUGCAGAAACUUGACGAGGAGUUGAUGACCAUAAAAAUCAAAGAAGUGGAGGCACUGACGGAGCUAAAGGAGCUCAGACUUAAGGAAAUGGAGCUGCGCACGCAAGUGCAAGUGUCGACGAAUCAGCUGCGCAGGCAGGACGAGGAGCUGAGAGAGCUGCGGGAGGCGCUGGACGCCGCGCUGCAGCGGGAGCGCGCGCUGCAGGCGAGACAGCGUGAAUUCCAGCACAAGUACUCUGACCUCGAGAGCAAGGCCAAAUAUGAGUCGAUGCAAGCCAACAUUCGUAAUAUGGAAGACGCUCAAAGAAUAGCCGAGUUAGAAAAUGAAAUUUCGGAAUAUAAAAUUAAAAAUGAAGUUAUGGCAACGGAGGGUGAGCUCCGCAGCAACAACAGUAUGGAUGACUCGGACAGGGUACGUGAGCUGCAGGACCAGGUCACUGAACUUAAGGCCGAGGUUCUGAGGCUAGAAUCGUGGCGGGCGAAAUUGCUGGGUCACACGCUAAGCCGCGAAGUCUCCGUUGAGGAAGACCUCGAAGAGGACGACAAACUUAAACUUACCUUCCGAAGAGAAUCAUCAACGUCUGUCGAUCUCAACACUAAGAACUUGUAGCACGUACUUAAUUUACAUCGUCAUAUAUUGUUAAGGCUGAAACAAACACAAUGUGUGGCAAGACAGGAAAUGACAGAUCCCGUAUGAAGUCCCUUGUUUAACGACUUCUCGGAGCCAGCCACAUUAGACGCGUAUUCCGUUGUGUCUUGUUUCAGACUUAAUCUGAUCGCACAUUACAGCAAGCGCACGUAACGCUUUCGCAACGAAAGUACUAAAACUAAUAACAAAUCUGGAAAUAUAUCAGCGUAUCAUGUUGUAUCGUGACGCGUCAAAGGCAUAUAGGUUUCAUACAUUUAGUAUGAUUAGAGCAUGAAUGUAUAAUAAAGAUGGAUCAGGCGCUCCUAAUACCCUCUUGAGGCAAAUAUCUAGUUAUCGCUAUUUCACUUCGACUAAUGAAUUAGAGCGAGAGGUCGAGUCCCAGUGGUGAAGUACCUCUUACUCUCGCUCGGAAGUCGAAGUGGGAUAGUGAUAAGUAUUAGGAGUGCUCUAUCCAUCUCUCUCUAUUCUUUCGUUUAUGAAACCGAUAUGCUUCAAACGCGUGACGAUAAUAACGACACGCUAGAAUAUUUCCAGCGUAUUAGCGUUGACUUGACAGCGUUACAUUUAUUCGAUGCGUGCGGUUGUACAUAUGGUGUACUUUAAAUUGAGAUAGCGUUUACUUUAAUGUGCGAACAGAUAGUGGUAACCAGCCACGACAAAACGCCUGCAGUUAAACGUUAUUUAUGACAAUGUUAUUUAAAAAAUGCGUUGUAAAUUGAGGACCCACUAUUUUGCAUGCCCCUUUUCAAGUAUUACUUAUUUAUAUAUUAGUUUACGUAGUUAUUGCAGAAGAUUUUCUAGUAUUAAAAAACAUUUUUUCAUGCCGCAUUAAAGUAUUGCGCAGUUUUUUUUUUUAGAAAGAGUUGUUUAACUUUUUUUAGUUUUUAGUUACUUCCACUUAACUUUAAGUUUAAACUUUAUUUUCUAAUAUUUUGCUAUAUUUUUUACAUCAAUGUAGCGAUGUUUAUCUUGUCGUCUUUUAACUUAUAAAAAGUAUUGCCUAUGAGUUAUGUAUUCGUUGCACAUACUUUUAUACAACGACAUCUGGUAUGUACUACGUACUAGACGGGAAUUGCGAACAAAAAUCAUAUUCCACAGAAUAUGAUGAUAUCUUGAUUAUUUUGAUAGCUUUAUGACUUCAUAAAGCCCUGCUCUCUAUAUAUUAGGGGGAACCAUACUUUGACAUAGAAGUUGACACAUAGUGUGUAUAUGACGAGUGUGUUCCCAAAAUGUAUGUAUCAUAUUUACAUAAUAUACAAAUAAUAAUUUAUAAAAUAAAAAUAGCUUGCAGCACCGAAUUUCGAAUAUUCGAUAGUAAAGGAGACGCUGGCACUAGAACCUAGUCCAAAUGCUAGAGACGAUGGCGGUGUUUUGCUGGAGGACGAUACUUUACGAGUAACUGCUUAUGAUUAUGUCUCAAUCGAUGACGAUAACAUUUCAAUUAUUAGUAUGACACCUGGCCAUCAAGUUAUAAGCAAAAGUGAGUUGCAGCUAGUAAAAUUUUUCGUUCUGUUCGACCCGUCUAGUGCGUAGUACAUAAAGGUAAUUGGUUUCAUAUCUAAAAGACUACCAUUGAAUCAAACCCAUUGUCAACUUUACAGCCUGCUUUAAAAAUUAAAGCACUUUUUCGUUUCUUUUGUAGUAUUUUUCUUAUUUUUAACUAAAUCUUUAUCGUUAUUCAUAUUUUUUCUGUUGUUUAAUCUUUUUGCAUUUCAAUUAAUUACUUAUCUUGUUCCGCGUUGACAAGAAACUAAGCCAUGGGCAUUGAUUUCCUAUACAAGAAGACUAUUCUUCAAUCCUUAAACAAAUUCAGCGGCAUUGUGAAUAGCAGUAACAAAAUCACUCAAAAGACGUUAUUUCAUUCCGGUAAUGUGCAAUUUGAAUAAUACGCAAUACUGACGCGACUGAGUACAUGUUUGUCUCGGAUUUGUCUAAAGAUUUAGCGAAUAGGAUAAAAUUACUAUAACCAGUGCAGUGCAUACUAUAUGCAGGAGUGAUGCCAAUUUUGAGGAAGCGCAAAAAAUGUUUAAAUAAUUUUUGAGUGUUUGUCGGUCUUGUAUAGGUAGUCAAUGGCCAUUUUCUUGCACCAUGCCCGAUUGUUAGAUAAGACAAUUUUAUGCCUACAUUAAGGAAUCCUAUUUCUUAUUUCCCUUUUACUGUUUAACUCCGCUGAAAAUUGUUAUGAAGUAGCACUUACAAUAUUCAUAGUCUGUUAGAUUAUUAUCACUAAUCGAUACCUCAUAAAUCAACUAAAUUAGUAAUAUCAUCCUGAAAUUGAUUGUAUUUUGUAGAGUUUUUAGUAGGUAGUCUGCUAGAAUUACACAUCACUUCAGUGUUGAUAUUGUAAAACGUGGGUAAACACUGGGUAGAAAUAGUAUAGUUAGAUAUUAAUAGUGGCUAUUAAUAAAGGGUAUGCUUGACUUGUCAACGCGAGACUAGAAUAGAAAUCUCAAAUAUAGUCUAUAUUCUCGUAUAUAUACUUUCUAUAUAAUAUACAUUUUUAAUAUAGAAAAUAUAAAAGAAAUAGGUCGUCGAACUACCUAUAUAAGGUUAAAAUCCUUAUAAAAACGAGUACCUCUUCAGUGGCAAUUGUAAGUAACAAAAUACUUUAAUACAGGAUGGCUAUAAAUUAAGUUUUUAUACUAGAACCUAUAGGUAUGCAGAACAUACAGUCAACUUGCUUUGGAUUCGUCGUUCGUCAAUUUUAAAUAAUAAGUCGUUAAAUUUUUUGAUACAGCAAAAAUAGGUUGUACAGGUUUCAAUUAUAAAAUUACAUGCAAAAAAAACUUUUUUUUGAAAAGCAAACCAGUUUUAAGUAGUUACUUAGUUAAACUAAAUUUACUAAGUGUAAAAUUACUAAAUGUAUAUUUUUGAUUUCAAUUUUAUGUUGCGGUUAUACUUACUUAUAUAUUCAUAGCGAAAGCGUAAUAAAAAGCAACUGUAUUUAUGUAGAUUUUUCUAAAAAUUUAGCAAAUAGGAUAAAAUAACUAUAACCAGUAGAGAUAGAUCAUUUAACGUAGUAAAGGUACCUCAGUGUCCAAUU